AUGCCAAUUUACGUCAACACUGUAGAUGUUGGCAUGCUGGAAAUCCUCACUGGGUCCGGUCAGAUCACAGGGUUUACCACUGUCUGUGUGCAGGUAGAAGAGCAUCAUGCUGUGGACAUCGACGUUUACCACUGUCCCAACUGUGACGUCGUACGAGGACCCUCCCUGAUGAAAAAGCGGAACAACUGGCACAGGCACGACUACACGGAGCCAGACGAUGGAUCGAAGCCGGUGCAAGCCGGCACGCCAGUAUUUAUCAAGGAGCUCCAGAGCAGGACCUUCGCCAGUGGCGAGGAGAUUCUGAUGAGGAUGAAGGGCGAGGUGGUGACACCCAGGUACCUGGAGAGACAAGGCUUCCACUACCCCAUAGUGGUCACGGAGAUGGAGGGCCUGGGACUCAAACUUCCACCCCCUACUUUCUCCGUCAAAGAUGUGGAGCAGUAUGUGGGUGGCAACAAAGUCAUUGAUGUGAUAGAUGUGGCACGGCAGGCGGACAGCAAGAUGAAGCUCAGCGAGUUUAUCAAGUAUUUCACCAAUCCGAUUCGACCCAAGGUCCUCAACCUCAUCAGCCUGGAGUUCUCUGACACCAAGAUGUCAGAGUUGGUCGAGGUUCCUGACGUGGCUCAGAAGAUGUCCUGGGUAGAGAACUACUGGCCAGACGACUCCUUCUUCCCCAAGCCCUUUGUCCAGAAGUACUGCCUUAUGGGGGUCAAGGACAGCUACACAGACUUCCACAUAGACUUCGGGGGCACCUCCGUCUGGUACCAUGUUCUCUGGGGUGAGAAGAUCUUCUACUUGAUCAAGCCCACUUCCGCCAACCUUGCACUAUAUGAGGCAUGGAGCUCCUCGCCCAAUCAGAGUGAAGUGUUCUUUGGGGACAAAGUGGACAAGUGCUACAAGUGUGUUGUGCCCCAAGGAACCACCCUGCUCGUCCCUACAGGCUGGAUCCAUGCUGUUCUCACCUCUCAGGAUUGCAUGGCAUUUGGAGGGAACUUCCUUCACAACCUCAAUAUUGGCAUGCAGCUCAGGUGUUAUGAAAUGGAGCGUCGUCUGAAAACCCCAGACCUCUUCAAGUUUCCGUACUUCGAGGCCAUCUGUUGGUAUGUGGCCAAGAACCUCUUGGAAACGCUAAAAGGUAAGAGUCAGAUGUUUGAUGAGGAACCAGUCAGUGGUAGCAAGCCAGUGAAAUCUCAGGGAAGUGGGUGUGGAGUAGCACCUGGGUCAAAUGGCUGCCCGGCCACUCGCUCCACGCUGGAGAGGCUGUGCCAUGCCCGGCGGGCGAGAAGGGCUGCCAGGCGGCUGAGGGAGCAGCAGCGACAGGCCCCCAAAGUCCCUUCCAACCUGGACAUCUUAGAGCGGCACACCAGAGAGGUGCUGAGGAGGCUGGAGGUGGGACCGCUCGAGGAGGAUGCGGCGUUCUGUGCCAAGGUUCAUGGGAAGCUCAACAAAGUGUCAACUGCAUCGGCUGCUGCUGCAGAGUCUUUAGACGACAACCACCUACGGCUAAUGCUGGUCAACGGCAGAAUUAUUAGAGAUAUGAGGCGGCCAGGCAGCAGCCCGGUGAAGACGGAGGGUGAGCGGUCACCUGUUGGCCUAAGCCCAUCUAAGAAUUGUGUGGAUGUGAAGUCGGAGAGGACACACGGCAGUCAAGAGCAGCACAGCGCAGUCGACAAACCCACGCUCCUCAGGGGUCUGGAGAGGGUGAAGACUGAACUCAGGGAAGAAGUCUCAGGACACUCCAGUGUGUCAGACGUGGAGUCAGACAGUGACUCUUCCACAGAGCAUAAAGCGUCGUCGUCGUCGUCGUCGUCAUCGUCGUCCUCUUCUUCUGACGAGGAUUCAGAGAGUUCCCAGGAAGAGGAGGAGAGAGAGGAAGAGGAGAGGGGCUCGUCUCAGCAGAAAGGCUCAGGGCACACCAUAGAGCUGGACCAGUCUGGCCAGAAUCUCAGGCACAAACACAAACCACUCAAACGAGAACGUCCUACCUCACCCAGCACAGAAGAGGCCAUUCAGGGGAUGCUGUCUAUGGCUGGUCUGCUGUGCUCCUCCAAGCCGGAGAAGGUAGCUUCAUCCCAGGAGCACUGGUGGUCCAGCUCGAGCCACUGCUCGCCGCUGGAGCAGAGGGAGGCGGCGCAGCACCAGCACCGACUGCAGGGGGACAAGAGCCCGAUGGACAGCCAGGGCAACAGCAGCGAGGCCUGGGACAAUCAGGGGCUCCCCAGCCCUCUCAGCCGAAGCCACGCCAGCAGCCCAGAGACGGACUACCAGUACUGUGACCCCUCAAUGUCUCCGCCGCUGCACCCCUCCAAGAGGCAUGCCCCCAACCCCCCACCUAUCAGCAAUCAGGCCACAAAAGGCAAGCGGCCCAAAAAAGGAAUGGCCACCGCCAAGCAGAGACUGGGGAAGAUCCUGAAACUCAACAGACACAGUCGUGUCUUUGUGUAACACUCCAAAUCUUCAACGGCGGGGAUGUAUUCUUGAAGAAAAAAAAACAUAAACAUUUGUGUAUUUGUUACCAGACACUUUAGUGCUGUAGAAAUGGGAAGAGAGAGAAAAAGAAAAAAAAAAAAAA